CAUUUUGCACCUUUUGUUUUAGCUAUAAUAUCAACAAAUAAAUAACAGAAAAUGGAGCACACGUUUUGCAAAAGUUGUUGACUUGUCUUUUUCCAGUUGUAUAAAUGCUUUGCUUGCAGUAUUGUAAGUAAUGAUGAAGGGUGCAAUUCUAUGUGCUGGCACAGCAUGUCAUAUGCAAGUCAAUGCAUCUUUGUAAAUGAGAAGUAAAUCUGAAGGAAUGCAUGUGUAUAGUUUUUUGAAAGAUCAGUGAGCUGAGAGUAAGUUAAGAGGAAUAUCAGUUCUUUAGGGCAUAGGCACCAAGUCUAUAGGCUGCACCGGUACAUUCACUUCUCUUGUUCUUCUGGCAGGUUCUUUAGAAAACAUGAGCUCAUGCUGUGGGUUGGCUAAUCUAUAUUAGUCUCUCCAUUAUACUUUCAAAAUGAAUGAUUACAUGCUUUAAGCAUGCAUUUAUAUAUCCGCAUUUGAUUAACUCUACAUUUCUCCACAAAUUAAAGAAAUUUACAUAAAGGCAUUUACAAUUAUUACAAAUUCCAGAGGCACUUUCACCAGUGAGUUAUUGGCGAUUACUGGCAACUUGGGAAGGCAAGGGCUCCAAUAUUUACAUUGGUGUGUUAGUUUACAAUAUUGUCUUAUAUGACAUGACAUGGCACAAUAGGCCUAUUAUAUAUACAAUACAUAACAUACCAUUUAACUAGCUACAGAAAAUAAUUUAAGAGAACAGAAGCUGUUCAAUGGGAAACAGAGUAGAAGAAAUCAGAAGCUGUGAUAUAGAUGUUGUUUAAUUGUUCAGAGAGCACAGGCUCUGUUUUAGUUAUAAUAUAAGAGAAAAUAGAGCAAAAGAUGGGCCUUGGAUAACAGUUUACAACAAUAUCUGCGCCCUAAAUGAAAAGAGCGCAGAAGCUAUGCUUUGCAGACAGGUUAAGACAGAAAAUGAGUCAUUUAGCGCUAUUCUUCAUGGGUGUGCUGCUACUGUAGACUUGUACACACACACACACACACACACACACAGACACACACCUACUUUGGAAGUGAGGGUUUAGAACGUGGAUCGACAGCAGCAUUGGACUUACAAUCCACUUCGCUCGUGUCACGUGCCUACGUGGUUUAUUCCAGUUGUGAAUGGCUUCGCAUCACUACAGAGUUUAUGAAUGAAGUGUUUUUUUGGAUUAAGGAGAAACAUGGACAGGUCUUACGACGUAAUACGACUGGUGAACCAACGCGCACUGGAGCGCUCGCGCGCGCAGCACAUAGUUGGCUGACGCUUCGGAUUCUUUGUCAGUUACUUUUCUGCCGUCAACUUAUCUCUGUGCAUCGGUACUUUUGCGAAGCUCUCUCAAGCAACUGCUGAAUCGUCUGAAAUGGAUAUAUCUAAACGAAUGCUGAUUUUAUACCUAGCCUGCUCGCUCGGACCUAUGCUGUCUGCCCAGAUGUGUGAGAUCAUGUUGGAGCUGGAAGCAGAGAAAACGGAGUGUUUGUCCAUGCUAAAAAACAUCACCUCAGGUUGCACAGGUGAAUGGGAUUAUGCAUGUUGGCCAUCAGCCAGUAUUGGAGAACUGGUCACCAUCCCCUGUCCAAAUUACUUCAGCCAUGUCAGUGAUCGGCGAGGAAACAUAUCGAAGAGCUGUACUGCCAAUGGCUGGACAGAAAUAAACCCAGUUGUCAUUGCGUUCAACUGUGGCUAUGACGCAAAUAUCACAGAGGGUGAAAACAUGGGUGAAUUCCUGGGCUCUGUGAGAAUUGGAUACACUAUUGGUCACACUGUCUCUCUUAUAUCCCUCAUUAUUGCCAUCAUCAUCCUGUGCUUUUUCAGAAAACUGCACUGCACAAGGAACUACAUCCACAUUCAUCUGUUCAUGUCUUUUAUACUAAAGGCUGUGGCUGUAAUAAUGAAGGAUGUAGUCCUGUAUGAGGUGGAGGAACCUGAUGACUGCCACCAUGGAUCUGUGGGCUGUAAGGCUGCGGUGGUUUUCUUCCAGUACGGCGUCGUAGUCAGUUUCUUCUGGUUACUGGUGGAGGGUCUGUAUCUGCACGCUCUCCUGGCUGUGUCCUUCUUCUCUGAGAGGAAGUACUUCUGGUGGUAUAUUCUCAUUGGAUGGGGAGUUCCGGGUGUCUUCAUAACAAUCUGGAGCAUCACAAAAGCUUAUAUACAUGAUAUUGGAUGCUGGGAUUUUAUUGACGAUGAUCUGUGGUGGAUUAUAAAAACCCCUACAUUGAUAACGAUACUGAUGAACUUUAUUCUCUUCAUUUGUAUCAUACGGAUACUUCGUCAGAAAAUCAGUUGCCGGGAUAUUGGGAGAAACGAAUCACAUCAGUACUCGCGACUUGCGAAAUCAACUCUACUUUUGAUUCCCUUGUUUGGAAUAAACUAUAUAAUCUUUGCCUUUAUGCCUCAUCACAUCAAGUCUUAUGUGCGUAUGGUGUUUGACUUGAUCCUGGGGUCCUUUCAGGGAUUUUGUGUUGCUGUCCUGUACUGUUUUCUAAAUGGAGAGGUUCAGUCUGAGAUUAAACGAAAGUGGAGACGGUGGCACAUGCAGAGAUUUCUGGGAGCGGAUACCAAAUACCAUCAGCCCUCAACGGCGAGCAACGGCCUCAACUUCAGCUCCCAAAUCACCAUGAUGACGAAAUGCAGCCCCAGCACACGUCGUGCUUCCGCCUGCCAAGAUGAUUUCUCCACCGUCUGAGUGCCGAGUGAUGCUCCGUUUAUAACGGGACACAGAAACCAAUGAAUCUGUACUGUAUACGCACAGAAAGGCUGUCAUCUGGACCACCUCCACCAUCUGCAGGUUGCAGCUCCGCCGUUAUUCCUGUAGGGACUGCGCAUCUCACUGCACAGCAGGAACAUGAGGGAAACCAUGCAGCUCAAGGCUUAUGGUGACGGUUUGGCAUGUGAUGUAUCUUCAUAGCCAUCAUUUCAAACACAUCGAUCAGGAGAGAAAUAUGCAAGUAAAACGGACUCUUUGAGGUCUGAUUGCGUUUCAUCAAACUACUGACUCUGAACAGCAUGGGACGUUGACUUUAGGACAAGGAUGCGAUCAGAGUGUUUUUGUGGUUCCCAUCCAUUGCCCCAUUAUUGUGCACGACACCACAGGCAUUAAUCCUGUAGUUGGUAUCUGUCUGUUGUGUUUUUCUGUUUCCCCUGCCCUCGUUAUACUGCUCAAGAUUUCUCAGACUCUUAAUAAUCUGUAAAGCUAAAUGGUGACCUUUUAGGUCUCUAGUGACCAGGGUUUUUUUUUGUCUCCUCCUGUAUUCCAGGAAAAAAGUAAUGUGAUUUAGACAGUCUGACAUUCUGCUAAAAUCCUGUUUUUGCACCCUAUCCAUGUGUCUCGUGCUUGCAUGCCUGUGUACAUGUGGACAGACACUCUCAUUGAGAGUCAUAAAAGCAAGUUUGCUUGUGCAGCUGAAGUACAGUGCAUUGUUCUAAAUUUUUAUGAUAGUGGUUUAUAGUGUAAUUGUGUACUUCUAUGUUAAAAUUUACAUGGGUUGUGUAACUGUGCACUGUUGCAUAAAGACAGUUGUAUGAGAUUGGUCUUUCUAAAGAGGAUAUUUAGUCCAAAAUCUUUUUAGCUGUCAAAAGUGCAUUUUGUUAGUCAUAGUUGCUGACAUGAAAAUGCUCCUGCAUGUUUGCAUGCACAGUUCUUGUACCUAGAGAAAAUGUCGCUAUAAGAAUGUUGUUGCUGUUUUUUUAAAGUGUAUUAUGGAUGUUGUUGUCAUAGAAAGUGUACAGAUCAAUUUUAAUUUCAACAUUAGGUCUUAGUAGGCCUAUGUCUUUUCUAUUAAAUUAUUUAUUUUCA